ACUGCCGUUCGAGCAAGCUUUUGCGGCACAGUCGAUAGAGCACCGUACUUCCGGCUUGAAGGUCGAGGUUUCGACCCUGCUCACUGCCUGUUUCGUUACAAUAUCAAUCAGGCAAACAAAAAAUAAUGUACCACCUGUCAAAAAAAAAGUGUUAUUAGCGGGUUAGGGUUGUGUACGUGCCUCAGAUUUGUCACUUUUUCACAUGGAGUCGGGCGGUUGCGGAUGAGCUCUUAUCAAUUGCGGGUGAACAAUCAGCUGACCCGCGCACCACUAGCCACCAUACAUUCAGCUUCUACGUCCGCCUAGAGAACAUUAUUAUAUGUAAGAGCUACAGAGAAAACACGUCUGGUUGUUUUUACAAUUAUUUUUUUUAACGUUUUUUUCAGAAUUAUUUUUGUUUACUUAAACUGCGUUUCCAACUCCAGUCAGCAGAUGGCGAUGUGAUUUUUUUCAGGUGAUGUUUCUCGAGUGACGUAAAAUCUAGUGGACGAGACGGGAGGUUUCUUCAACAACCAUCUCGGUAACUCGCUAGCAAACAUGAAACAUUGAAGCGCUUUGGACUAAUUUAGUGUAUAUUAAUCACAGUGUUUUAAACACACUGUAUAUGUAUGUACUAGUUACUCCGUUUAAGUUCAUAUUUACGUUAUCAGCUAUCUGGCUUGUUAAGUUAGCCCAGCACUAGGCUAGUCGCUAAUGCUAAAUAGCUAGCUAGCUAACGUCCCCGAACAUGAGCUCACUAAACUACUCUUCCUCUGCUAAAGAAAAUGAGGUCUGCUGUCCGGAGAAAGAAACUCCAGGGCUGAACAUUUACGUGAAAGAAGAAGAAUUUACUGUAAAAGAAGAAGAAUUUACUGUAAAAGAAGAGGACGUGGAGGAAGCUAUCACAGUGAAAGAAGAACAGGACGUUACAGUGAAGGAAGAGGAAGAAGCUUUCAGAGUGAAAGAAGAGGAUGUUAGAGUGAAAGAAGAGGAAGAAGCUUUCAGAGUGAAAAGAGGGGGAUGAACAGAAAGAGGAGGGUGCCGUGUUUGUAGUGAAAGAGGAGGAGGAGGUGACUGUCACAUUGAAAGAAGAGGAGCAACUUUUUGAAAUUAAGGAAGAGGGGAGAUUACUGUCACAUUGGAGGAGGAGGAAGAAGACAAGACUGGAGCUCUGAUGAACACCAGAGAGAGACUAGACUUUCAUUCUGACAGCGGGAAGAGUCCUUCAGGGGAACCAGACCCAGAGACGUCUAAACCAGCAAGACGACACCACUGCUCCCAGUGUGGAAAGAGUUUUUCUAGGUUAGGAAGCCUGAAAUCACAUGAAAGAAUACACACAGGAGAAAAGCCUUACCACUGCACUCAAUGUGGAAAUAGAUUUACCUCUUUAGGGACCCUGAAAGAUCACGUAAGAAAACAUACAGGAGAGAAGCCCCACCAAUGCUCCCAGUGUGAAAAGAGUUUCCCCCGGUUAUGGGACCUGAAAUCACACGAGAGGACACACACAGGAGAGAAGCCUUACCCCUGCUCCCAGUGUGGAAAGAGUUUUUCCACAUCGGGGUCCCUGAAAAACCACGAGCAAACACAUUCCGUAGAAAAGAUUUUCCGCUGUUCACAUUGUGAAAAGAGUUUUAGGAAUUUACAGUACCUGAAACGACACGAGAAAAGACAUACGCGGGAGAAGACUUUCCACUGCUCCCACUGUGGAAUUAAAUUUACCUUGUUUCAGCAACUGAAAAAGCAUGAAAAAAUCCACAGCGGAGAGAAACGUUAUGAAUGCUCCCAGUGUGGGAAGAUAUUUACCCAGUUAGGGCACCUGAAAGACCACGAGGUAACACACACGGGGAGAAGCCUUACCACUGCUCACAGUGUGGAAAGGAAUAUAACACAUCAAAUGGACUUAAAGUUCAUGAGAGAACACACAUACUGCUCCCACACUUGUCUCAUAUUUUUGACUGAGAAAUUGUGCUUUUAUGUUUAAGCUACAUGAAAUCAAAUCGUAUAAAGCAGAUUACAAAUUACAUUUAUAUGUUUUUUUAUUUAAACACAUGAACUGAAUGUCAAUUGGAAAGUAGAGUUUGAAUGUAGACCUGAUUAAACAUUUU